AUGAAAGAGGUGAUAUCGUUACAUAUUGGCCAGGCUGGUUGCCAGGUGGCACAAACCAAUUGGGAGCUCUUCUGUUUGGAGCAUGGAAUUAAACGAGAUGGAUCAUUAAGUGAGGGAACCCCUAAAGGGUCUGUAUCUUCCUUCUUUGAGGAAGCAUGCUCUGGAAAUUAUGUCCCCCGAUCCUUACUCAUCGACCUUGAACCAAGUGUUGUCGAUCAAGUGAGAACCGGUUCCUUCAAAGGCUUGUUUCAUCCCGAGACUUUAAUUACGGGCAAAGAAGAUGCUGCCAACAACUACAGUAGAGGAAAGUACACAUUGGGCCGUGAGAUUGUCGAUUUUGUUCUCGACAAAUUACGAAAGUUGGCAGAACGUUGCGAUUCACUCCAAGGAUUUAUUAUGAACUGCUCGAUCGGAGGUGGAACUGGAAGUGGUUUGGGUAGUCUCCUUGUCAGCAAAAUGCAGUCUGAUUACAAGACAGUUCCAAAGGUACUCGUGGCAGUGUUGCCCUCGCCACAGGUAUCGAACGUGAUAGUAGAGCCUUACAACGCGGUUCUCUCCUUGAAUGAACUUACUUCGAAUGCAGAUGUGUGCUUCAUGAUGGAUAAUGAAGCCAUGUAUGAUAUUUGUCGAAGAGGUUUAGAUUUAGCAUCUCCCACUUAUUUCCACCUAAAUAAUAUCAUUUCUCAAACGUUUUCCUCACUCACUACUGGAAUUCGGUUCGAUGCCAGUUUGAAUAGCGAUGUCAAAUCAUUUGCAAGUAACUUGGUUCCAUUCCCAAGAAUCAACUUUCUUGCUUGUUCUUAUGCUCCCUUGUAUUCUCCACUCAAAGCAUACAAUGAAAUGAUUUCAGUGAAUGAAAUAACUUUAAGUGCGUUCGACGCUUCGUCAAUGAUGGCCAAAUUCGAUCCAAGACAUGGUAAAUUCAUGGCGGUGACAUUAAUGUACAGAGGUGACAUUGUUCCUAAGGAUAUCAAUGCCAGUAUUAUGGUUGUAAAAUCAAAGAAGACAUUCAAAUUUGUAGACUGGUGCCCAACAGGAAUUAAGUGUGGGUUAUCGUCACAAAAACCAUCCGUGCUUGCUAAUAGCAUUAUCGCUCAGACUCAGAGGUCUGUAUGUAUGGCCUGUAAUUCCACAGGGAUUGGUGAAGUUUUUAAGAGAAUUACAGACAAGUUUGAUCUGUUGUAUGUCAAACGAGCUUUUGUGCAUUGGUUCGUAGGUGAAGGAUUGGAGAGUGGUGAAAUGGCGGAGUGUCGUGAGAGAAUGAGUCAAAUCCUUGCCAAUUAUGCAGAAUUAAAUGGUUCAGAUGAAGCUGAAACUUCAAGCACCAACAAAGAACCUGCCAAACCAUCCCAUUAA